AGGAUCAGCAAGGGAUUUGAGAGAAAGACACACUGAAGAAAAAAUGGAGACUUUUGUUUUGUGAAAAGUGGUGGAAAGCGGAAGAGAUAGGGACAGAGACAGGAAUAAGACCAAUGUUUUAGGAAGUUAUAUGGAGAAAAUAAUGUAUAUCUAUAUAAAAUUACAGUGUGAGUAGAGAUAAUUAAAAAAGAGUAAGGCAGCCAUGAGCAGAUUGUUAGUGAAAUUAACAAACAACAGGGAACCUUUAUAAGAUAGAAUAUCAGCUGAGCUCACUCUAGAAUCAUAAAAUCAUCGACUUGGGAUCACUUUGCUUAGGGAUACUAUUGAAAUGCGCCAGUUUUUUGUUCCACUCCCUGUCACAUCUGCAAUAUAAAAUAUGGAGUAGGACAACGUUGUGUGCACUCAUAACAGGCUUUCACAAUACAAGCACGAGGACUUCCUGCCUGUAAUGCAUCCUGGACCUUCUUAUACCAUUGAUCUGGUAAUAUGAAUCAUUUUUUCAUUGGACAUCAUAUAUGGGAGAAUUAAAGAUGACUUCUCUUCUUUUCUGGUUCAAUCUGCUCCUUGCUCUCUGCAUAGCUGAACCUGAUGCUCACUUUGAUCCAUCUUCUUGUCGCUAUGCAUUGGGUAUGCAGGACAGGACCAUCCCAGAUGAGGAUAUCACAGCAUCCAGUGCCUGGUCUGACUCUACUGAAGCUAAACACAGCAGGUUGGAAAGUAAUGAUGGUGAUGGAGCUUGGUGUCCACUAGGCCCUGUAUUCCCAAAUUAUGAGGAAUUCCUGCAGGUGGAUCUACGGAAUCUCCAUUUUUUGACCCUUGUGGGCACACAAGGCCGAGAUGGAGGAGGGCUGGGCAAGGAAUUUGCCCGACAUUAUCAACUUCGCUACAGCCGUGACGGGUUUAAAUGGUCACAAUGGAGGGAUCGCUGGGGAAAUGAGGUCAUAGAGGGAAAUGAAAACACACAUGACUCUGUGUUGAAGGACCUGGGCCCUCCAAUCAUUGCUCGAUAUGUGCGCUUUUAUCCCAUGGCUGACAGAGUAAUGAGUGUUUGCCUACGUGUUGAGCUUUAUGGCUGUAUUUGGCAAGAUGGACUCCGUUCCUACACGUCUCCUCCAGGAAAUGUGAUGAGUCUCCCUUCAAUGCUCAUUAACCUUAAUGACUCUACGUACGAUGGAUUUACAGUAGGCGGGCUGCAAUAUGGAGGUCUGGGACAGUUGACAGAUGGUGUGAUUGGGGCAGACGAUUUCCUUCAGCACAAAGAGCAGGGAGUCUGGCCUGGUUAUGAUUAUGUAGGAUGGAUGACCAGCAACUUCCCAAAAGGAUACCUGGAAAUGGAGUUUGAGUUUGAUGCGCUUAGAUCAUUUAUAUAUAUGAGGGUACACUGUAAUAAUAUGGGAUCCGGUGGCAUCCAGAUAUUCCGUAGGGUUGACUGUUACUUCAAACGCUCUUUGCAUACCCCGUGGGACCCUCAGCCUGUCACUUUGUCCCUAGCACUGGAUGUGCGAGACCCAAGUGCACGCUCUGUAACUAUAGCCCUGCAAGGCAGAGCAGCCCGCAUCUUACGCUGUCACUACUAUUUCUCCAGCCAGUGGCUGCUCCUCAGCGAGAUCUCGUUCCUUUCUGAUAUACUGGAUGCAACAGAUCCAGAAGAACCAAGCCCACUGCCCCCUCCUAUGCAGACAAUUCCUCCACCAGAAGUGACAAGCAUACCACAGGACACCACUAAAAGAGAAACCACCUCCACUGGCACUACUGCCAGUCUGAAUGGGCAUGUGCUUGAGGCAGGCAUUGACAUCAGAAUGAACCAACCAAUUGCCAAGGAUGAUAGUGGUGACACAUCUAUUCUCAUUGGAUGCCUAGUGGUCAUUAUCCUACUUCUGUUAGUGGUUAUCAUUCUCAUUCUGUGGAGACAAAGAUGGAAAAGAUUACUGGGGAAGGCUCAGCGGCGCCCCUCUGACAGUGAUCUUACUGCUCACUUGUCCCUGCCCACUGAUACAGUGGUUAUAAACAACACCCACAAUGCACCUGGGCCACCACGCCAUGCCAACCGAUACGAGCGUAUCAUAACUUCAGAAGGGGAGUACCAGGAACCAAGCCACAAUCCUAGAGCAAAGAUAACCACACUUUCCCUCUCCUCUGAAGGCGCAGCUCUGCUGUUAAACAACCCAGCCUAUGAGCUCCUACUCACCACCUACAGCAGGCCAAUCACAGAGCACGGUGGCCUCCAGGCUAAGCCAAUCAACAGCCAGGAAGGGGGAUAUAGGGAACUGGAAACUCCAAAAUUACCAGCAUGUUGCCCCCCAAGUGUCCCACACUAUGCUGAAGCUGAUAUUGUUACCCUGCAAGGAGUAACAGGGGGUAAUACCUAUGCAGUACCAGCACUAACUGCCGACUCCCUCGCUUCCAAAGACUUGCCUCUUUGUAAAUUCCCCCGUGGACAUCUCCUUUUUAAGGAGAAGCUGGGUGAGGGGCAGUUUGGAGAGGUACACCUGUGUGAAGUAGUGAAUCCUCAUGAGCUCCCCACUUUACAGUUUCCAUUUAACAUGCGCAAGGGAAGAAGCCUGCUUGUGGCUGUUAAAUUGUUGAGAGCCGAUGCCAAUAAGAAUGCAAGAAGCGAUUUCCUGAAGGAACUGAAGAUCUUGUCCCGUCUGAGUGAUCCUCACAUUAUCCGUCUGCUGGGUGCUUGUCUGGAUGAAGAUCCGCUCUGCAUGAUCACAGAGUAUAUGGAAAAUGGAGAUCUCAAUCAGUUUCUGAGUUCCCAUCACCUGGAUGAAGGAGAGGAAAGUGGAGCACAAUGUCUGCCUGCUAUCAGUUACCCCAGCCUAUUGCACGUGGCUGUGCAGAUUUGUUCUGGAAUGAAAUACCUUUCGUCCCUUAACUUUGUACACCGGGACCUGGCCUCAAGAAAUUGCUUGGUGGGGGAAAACUUCACCAUAAAGAUUGCAGAUUUUGGGAUGAGCCGCAACUUGUAUGCUGGAGACUACUACCGAAUACAGGGCAGGGCAGUACUGCCAAUUAGAUGGAUGGCCUGGGAGUGCAUACUUAUGGGAAAAUUCACCACAGCCAGUGAUGUGUGGGCUUUUGGCGUGACGUUGUGGGAAAUUUUAAUGCUGUGCAAGGAGCAACCAUAUGGUGAACUAAGUGAUGAGGAUGUGAUUGAGAAUGCAGGGGAAAUCUUCCGUGACAGCAAGAAGCAGAUAUUCCUCUUCCGACCUCCGCCAUGUCCUCAGCCUCUGUAUGAGCUGAUGCUUCAGUGUUGGUCCAGAGACUGCAGGGAGAGGCCCUCCUUCCAGGACAUCCAUGCCUUGCUUACAUCCCAUCUCCUCUGCUGUUCCAGUGAUGAGCUAAAGGAGUAGUGUCAGCAGAGCAGGCUGAACUGAAGCCACACACCAUAACUCUAGGCCUGUAUUUCUGUUAGAAAGCCAAAUCUUCACCUAUAGUUGUAGGUUACACUACACAUCAGUUAUCAUCUCUGUAAUAAUAUAAUACCUCUCAUUACUUACCAAACACAGAACUGAUUUAUACUUCUUGCAUCUCUCCCACAGUCUUAUGCACUGUAAUGCUGCCCACACUUAUCAACAGCAGUGCACACACGAGAAAACAUAGCCUUUCUGUGAAUAGCAUUUUGCAGUCCUUAACACUGGAUAUGGCAUAAUAACCCCACUACUAUAGGUUUAGAACGUACAUUAUUACUUUACCACUGUAAAACAUUUAUUUUCCCUUUGUCUAACUACCUGUAUGAUUAAAAACAUAGAGAUCUGCUGCCAUGGGCCAAAUUCCCACAGAAAAUAUUUCUUCCUAACACAACACAUUGUUAAGUUUCAUCCUGUGUCUAUUUUAUGGGCUGUCAAGUAUUGUACAUGAAGAAUUCCUCUUGUAAUUCCGCACAGAGAUAAACUGUGGCAGCACAGGGAUGUACCCCUGCAGCUUAGUAAAAUAGCGAUCCAUGGAACUUCAACUUGUCCAGAGCUGCAACUCCCAGCACUCAGCAGUUAGAUGUAGAUGUUAGAGUAUCCUGGAAAGUCCAGGACGGAAUUCAUUAAAGUGCAGUUAGCCCAGAAUUUGGACAAUUUUAACUGCAGACUUUUUUUUUUUUUUUACCUAUCUUACACCAAAAAGUUUUUUUUAUGCCAAAAAUGUUGCCAUUUAAAAGCCAUUUUUAUGAAUCUGACAUUAAUAACUUAAUCAAACUUACCUGGUUCUGAAAGGUUUGUUUGAUUCUUCACUAGUACUCCAAAUUCAUAAAAGUAGUGCCUGGACACCUCUUUUUUUUUUUUUUUUUAAACUAUUUUGUGCUAAAUGUAGUCUGAGAGGCAGAGUAAUCACACUGUUCUGCUGUAGCCAUGGCAUUGAGCAGCUUUUGCACUGUUAUCAUCCCAUGUUAAUCACAACAACAAUAGCACCCACAGUGUCACUACUUGCUGCCAUCACAACAGAUUUUCUCCCAGCACAUGGUGGGUUAAAAAUGAAAGCCCCUGCUCAUUUUUAUUUUAUGUUAACCUGAGACCAUCAGUUAUUGUUAAAAUAUAGGCACCAGCAGCUCACUGCUUAUGCGGUUCAUAAGUAGUUGGAUGUCCCUGAUUUGAAAUGAGAGAUUGCGGUUAUAGAAUAAAUCACAAAUGUUGCUACUUUGCUCCCAUACAAGCUUUCUCUGCCCUGAGAUUGUUUCUGUUUUGCUAUAGAAUGGAAGUCUUACUAUUAUUGAAACAGUGGCAGGCACAGAGGUAAAAGCAUAUGCUUUCCUAUCAUUCCCCUCCAUGUAAAUAAUGACAGAACGCCUCUGUAUCCUAUCCAUAUUACAGCCACAGCACGUUUUAUGUAAGGUUCGUGUUUUUUUUUUUUUUUUUGGAUCUACGUCUGCUCUCUUCAAUGCACUGGAUAAUGAGAUUUUUUUGUUUUUUAUUCAAUUUCCGUCAGCCAUUGAGAUGGCUUUCCCAGCCUGGUAUGUGACAUUUCCCAGUGUACAAAGCCAGUCGGCAGAUUCAUUUAAGAACACUCCUUAAACAGAACAGCCACAAUGGGAAAGACUAGUAGCACUUUUGCAUAUGAUCAUUUUAUUUUUAGUACUGGACUCUUGGUUCCAUUUUUGAAAUCUUUAUCAAUUUCCUAUUGGACACUUCAUUGAUUUAAGAAUGUGCACAACAGAUGAGUCUUUGCCCAAUGCACACAACUGAUUAUGAUCUCUUGGAUUCUGCACCUUCUUGUCAAUGGAGCAAUGAAAAUAAUGGUGACAUUUCUCAGAAAAAAACUGCCAUUAUGAACUGCCCAUUUAAAGACUUAGGGAUGUGACUGUGCAGUACAAACGAAGAACCGAACAGGAAAUUUUCAGAUUAAUCAUCAAGAAAGGAUGGACCCAAAAUCUCUUUGUAGAAAAGUGUACUUGGAGCUUUAUGUUUGCAUUUUACUUUAAAGGAAUUCUACAAAUAUUCUCUCCAUCUAAUCCAUGAGGAACGGACCAUGAAUAGUUGAGUGGAGACUAAAGAACAUUAUUUUGACCAUAAAGUCUGACUUUUUGGUUAAAAUAGGACAGUAAUUGUUACUGCUAAGCCCCGAUUUUGAAGGGUCUUUGAUAUUUCCCUGUCACAACUGCCCUAUGCCCUUGUGUGUGUAUAUAUAGUACUGGUAAUUUAAUUCUAUAAAUGAUGUUGUGCUACAAUUUUUAUAUGAUGUUAAUAUAUAGAGAUUCGAUAAGAGGUUUUACUAAUUUGCGAAAAUAAAGAUUGCUUUUUUUCUAGAUUCUUUUA